CUCACUGUCUACCUUUUCAAGCAGCUUCUCACUUCAGAUUAUUAUUUCAUCACGAAUCCUCUCACUGUCGCAUACGAGGUGGCUGUACAAGUCAAAUACUCCUCAAUCCCUGCUCCUGCGGCACAGCUGUGCCCUAAAAUAGAUGGGCAGAAUUCAAGCUUCUGCGACAUAGCCCUGACGAUGCUUGCUCACAUGACGCUUGCAACUGAUUGAUGAUAGAACAGUGAAUUAUAUCGGGCUCACUUGAGCAUUCACUCUCAACGCGUCGGACGGCCGACACCAGACGUGUACAUAAACAUCCCACGCUGUCAACACUGUCUCUCGAAUGGAUUACUUCAAUUCACACUACGCCAGCCUUCAAAUUCAUUCAGAAUGGAGCAGGUCGUUGAUGAUGAUCCCUUUGACUGGGACGUCUCUCAAGUCAUCAAUUAUAUCCGCGAGUUUGAUCCUUCGACUGCCGGACCGAGCACCCCACUCGAUAAAACUGCUCUAAUCGAGAAGAUUCGCGAGAAUGAUGUCGCUGGAUGGGUAUUCUUGACAGAGUUGAGCGAGGAGCAGCUGCGAGACUCACUCGGAGUUCAUUCACUCGGUCAACGCGCGGUGAUAAGAUUUGCUGUUAGGACUCUGCGAGUGCAGUCUAAAAAAUAUCUCGAGCGUCUACAAUGGGAGGAAGAGAACAGCUUUGUUGAACCGUCUUCAGCGUUCGCUACACCAUCUCCAGCCGCUGCUGCUCCUCUCGCCAUACCAGGCAUACAUCCACUUACCCCUUCGCAGCUUUUUUCAGCGCGGAAGAGGCCAUUGUUGCUCCGAACACAGCCUGGUCUUCUUCAACCUUCCUCUCAAGGCUCACCAUCCUCUAGCAAUCUCGUAAAUGGGUCGAAGAAUUUGCCGGACGGUGUGCCACUUCAGUCAUUUCCUGCUUCUGCCGGUUCGCAUCAAGACGAGGUGUUGACGACCGAUGAUGAAAGAGAAACAAAGCGUCGCAAAACAGCUGAUGAAAAUGCCAAUGACCGUUCGACGGAGCAAACAUUGGAUGUUCCAUUGCAGGAAGCGGAGGGAUCUUCUCUUCCCACCUUUGAUGAGGACCAAGCUAUUACGAAUGAAGGCGACUUUACCGCUGACAGAUCAAAGUCUGUAAGCGUUGUACAAAUGCAUGAAGAACCUCUCUCUGCUACCGACAAAGAAUUCGUUGACGUGGAUGACUUCCCACUGCCUUCGCGGCAUGUAUCUCUCCACGAUGUUGAUAAUGAAGAGAAGUCGGAGGAGAGGUUUGCUGAAGAUGAGAUGCAGGCUUCUGGGUUAGAAAAGCCAAAAAAGCGGGUAGCUCCUAUGCUUAUUGCUACAUUUGAGGAUAGAGAAUCAUCGGUGGGGGAUGGGAAUACAAUCGCCGAUGAUCAGAGUCCGUCUGAAAUCGAGGAGUCUGUUGGUCGAACCAUUGCAGGCAACGCUGCAGGCAAUAUCGAUGGUGCCAAGCAGACUCGGAUCUCAGAAAUAACUAACCUCCCUUCAUCUUCGUUUAGGAAAGUGGUUACACGACGUCAAGGUUACCUCGGCCGUAAAGCUUUUCCGGUAAAUGAUAUCUUUUAUGGGGAUUCACGAGUUGGUCAGGUCGUUUCCCCUGAGGGACCUGAGGGCUCGGAUGACGAUGAAUGGGGUUUUGACUCUCCAGUUCCAACUCCUACAGGGCGUCAACUCUACAUACACAGCCUCAUCCGUCACUAUUUCUGCAAGUCUGAAGGACAAAUUCUCCGCUCAGGUGAUCAACACAUUACUGUUGUGAAACCUUACCCAACCAGGCUUGUUCCAAAAUCAGUAACCGACUCUUUCACCUUAUUCGAGGAAUCAGAAGGCCGAGUGGAUGCGUUACGGGAAGACUUAGCUUCUUGGCCUGAGGCCAAGGGAAUCGGGGACGAACUCGUGGCUGCGCAUUCUCGUCCUCGUCCAGGCUAUUCCAUCACUCAGCGCGAAAAGCAUUUGUCCCGCAUUCAAAGGGCGCAAAAUAUUUCUGCAAUUGCAAAAAGAAUCCAGUCUCAAGGCAUGGAAAAUGAGACGUUCAAGUUGCAAGACGAGACAGGUCAGGACUGGGAUUUUCUCACCAAAUGGAUGUCUGUGGAAAAUGACCGUGUAGAGCCGGUAUAUGGGAAUUCGGGCUCCGAAGGUGAAUAUGACUCUGACCUGUGGCGGGAAAUUCAAGAGGAAAAAGGAGAUCGCCCAAAGGAACAUCGACAAAGGAGGCUUCUAUCAGAUGAAAUGGUUUGGAAAAUCAUUGACAAUAGUGUCGAACAAUUAGUUCUGAAAUGGAAGGAGCGAAUGGCGCCAAAAUUUGAGCGAAAGGCGUGGAGCUUGUGGAGACGCGCCAGACGUGAAGGGGAAGGGACUCGUGAAACUCUCAUCGACGAAGCAAUAGGCCAUAUUCAGAGGAUCAAUGGCGGUCCUUUACCAAAGAUGAAAGCCGAAAUUGCUAAAGAGAAAUGGACUAGCAGCCUCCAACUCCGAGAACAGUGCCGCAUCAUGGAACAAACAAUUUUCAACCGGGAAGAGCUUGCAUGGAAGAUUGGUUUGUGGACUGAAAAGUCUCAGCCCGAUCGACCUGAACGCAAAGCGAUCAAAAAACGUCAGUCUGGAGCGCCACAUAACGCUACCGAAAAUGGGGUUUUACUUGAAAGUGGAAGCGACUUGAGCGACGAUGAAGAUGAUGAUGAUGAUGAUGACAGCAUGGCUGACUUUGUGGUUAAUGACGAAGAAGACGAUGGAGAUGUGGAAAACCCUGAGCCGGAUGGUGUAUUGGACGCUCAAUCUGAUAUCUCUGAGGCGAUCGCUGCUCCUUCAGAAUCAGCAAAUCCACUUCAGAAAUCGUCGAAUGACCUUUUGGUGGAGCAUGAAGUCUCUUCAAUCUCCGUCAAAGACCCUCAGCCUCAGGGCUCUCUUUCCAAAACACCGGCAGCUUCACCCAAGGCUCCAACCGCUGACCCUAAACCACUGAUCGGAAACUCUAUGCUUCGGCCAAAACGCAAAUCUGGACCAGUCACAUCUUCUCCUUCUCUCAAAGAGCACAGGCCAUCAAGCAAGGCAGUUAGUAAUAUCAUCGAUCUGACUUUCUCGGAUACCGAACCAGAAGUCCAAGCACCACGGUCUUUGUCACCGUCAAUAGCCAAAGAAUUUCGGAUGCCAAAGUUGGAGGACUCGGUAUCGGUAACCGACCUUAUUGACACAGCAUCCAACAAAAGUCAAGUGACCCACGAAUAUGAAGAUUUUGAGGCUAUCAACAGGAUUAAAUACGAGACCCUGGAGGAGAAUCAAGAUCGGAAACGACUAAUUAUCAAACUCAUCUACCGCCUCUCUCCGUCAAUGCGGCGUUGGUUACGAUCGCUUCUCUUCGAAAAAUCCGAAGAAGGGCUCCGAGAUAUGGUAUGGGAUGCCUUGGAUUCGCUUGCGAAGGAUUCUGAGAGAAUGCGUGGGUUUGAUGCGGAAACCACCAAGCCGUAUCAAACACUUGCCUGCAUUUAUUUGUGUUAUUUGACCGCAACAAAACUGAGGCCGGAAAAGACCGGCAUUAAAGUGAGCGUCAUCCGGCUUGGACGGGCAAACGUCAAGUUAUUCUUUACUUUUCGACGAUUUCUUCGAAGAGUUUUGGAGAUGUACGACGAUUCGGGUCAUUUCCCCCGAAAACCCAGCUCUCAGCGCGCAAGUCGCUCGUCUGCGCCAUUGGAGAUUCCACAUACCCCACAUAACAAAAUCGCAGAUGCUUCAAAGAGUAAAGCGGUCGAUGCUUCUAUGGAUACCCCGGAGGUUUUGCGAACGAAAAGGAAAAAAGAGGUCAAGGAGAGCGCUCAAGCAAUUGAUGCUCGUGAAAGGGACCAGCAUCGUGUUAAACUACAAAAACGACGAGAAAUGCAGAUGCAGAAGAAGCUCAAGGAGCUGGGUGUGAAGUAUCUUGACAACCCGGAUCGAAUCCCCGUAAACCCUGGAAAGCUUGCCAGCCAAGCGUUUGUUUACAUCAAUAAGCAUGUCGGCAGCUACAUCAAGAAACAUCAGAUUGAAGGCAUCCAAUUCAUGUGGCGAGAAAUUGUCACGGAUGAAAACUCUCUUCAAGGUUGUCUUCUUGCCCAUACGAUGGGACUGGGCAAGACGAUGCAAGUGAUCACGCUUCUUCUCUCCAUCACAGAGGCGUCCCAUAGUUCGGACCCCAGGAUCUAUCGCCAAAUCCCCGAGAGCUUGAAGAAUCCACGGAUUUUGAUCCUUUGUCCGCCAAGUUUGAUUGAAAACUGGUGGGAUGAAAUACUCAUGUGGACACCGAGAUCUUUGCGUGAUAUGUUUGGCGCGCCCCACAAAGUUGACACGCAACUAUCACCAUCUCUUCGGAUCAAGGAGAUUUCGAAAUGGUACCGCAAUAAGGGCGUGCUUUUGAUGAGUUACGAAAUGUUUCGGAUCUUUGUUCAUAACAAAGCAAGAAAAGGUUUGGAAAGGCCACUGAGCGAAGACCAGCAUCGCACAGUCAUGGAGCAUUUGCUAGAAGGGCCGAACAUUAUCGUUGCAGAUGAAGCCCAUCGGCUGAAAAAUCCCAAGGCGGCCAUCUCCAAAGCCGCUACUGGGUUCAAAUCGAAAAGUCGUAUUGCACUGACAGGCUCUCCACUUGCAAACAGCCUGGAGGAAUAUUUUGCAAUGAUUGACUGGAUUGCGCCAGGAUACCUUGGAAAUGAAGUGGAGUUUCGGGCAAAUUAUGUGGAGCCAAUCAGAGAUGGACUUUAUUCUGACAGUACUCGUCCAGAGCAGAGAUUGAGCCUGAAACGGCUCCGCGCACUGGAGAGGAGCUUAGCACCCAAAAUGCACCGCGCUGGUCUAAAUGUCCUUGAAGGCGAUUUACCACCAAAAACAGAAUUUCUCAUGAAGAUUUCCUUGACCGACCUUCAGACUGAAGCUUACAAGCUGUUUGUUCAAUCGCUGCUAUCAAAUGAGAGCGACAGAAUUGCCGAUACUCGUGUUUGGGGAUGGCUGCGGACAUUGUCCGUAUUGUGCAAUCAUCCAAAAUCUUUUCGCGAUAAGCUCAUAUCAAAGACAGGAAGCAAAAAGUCGAACAAUAGGAUUGAUGAGAUUACUGACAAGGAUGAUGAUAUUGUUGAUGAAGAUUUAGAGCAGGACACAACUGUCGUGGAACAAGGGAUUCCUGUCACCUGCAUUGAUAGAGAAAUGCAACUCCUGGCCAACGCAGACCCUCCACUCGCCGAGACCAUACAUUCUUACAAGAUGUGUCUCAUCAACAAGAUAAUUGAUUUGUCAAAGGCAGCGUCGGAUAAAGUCCUUGUUUUUUCGCAGAAUAUUCCGACUUUGAAUUAUCUCGAGCUGAUGUUGAGCAGCGAGGGAAGAAAAUACUGCCGCUUGGACGGCAGCACAACAAUGGCUGCACGGCAGGCUGCAACUAAAACCUUCAACUCGAAUCAAGGCUCAUAUGACAUUUAUCUCAUCUCAACUUUGGCAGGAGGGAUAGGUUUGAACCUCUUUGGGGCUAAUCGGGUCAUUCUCGUGGACUUCUCAUUCAAUCCACAGCAUGAGGAGCAAGCAGUUGGCCGCGCUUAUCGGAUGGGCCAAACUAAACCAGUAUUUGUCUACCGACUCAUUAUGGGCGGAACAUAUGAGGACGUUGUGCACAACAAGGCUGUCUUCAAGCUUCAGCUUGCAUCGAGAGUUGUGGAUCGGAAAAAUCCGAUGCGACAAGCCGUCAAGAAGGCCCGGGAUUAUCUCUUUGAACCUUUUGAAGUCGAGAAGAAGGAUCUCUCCGAAUUCAAGGGAAAGGAUCCCAAGGUGCUCGAUAAGAUAUUAGCUUCCGAAGAUCCAAUGUUGCAGCGAGCUAUUCGCUCCAUUGAGCUCGACGAAACCUUCCAUCGAGAAGAUGCCGAGCAGCUCACGGCAGAAGAAGAAAAGGAAGUUGAUCAAAUCACCAAAGACGAGCAACUAAGACGGACUGAUCCCGAAGGGUACCAGCGGAUGUUGCUGGCGCGUCAAAGGGCUGAAUUAGCUGCACGCGCUCCUCCUCAACCCACUCCCGAUUUGAGAAGUGGAUUGUACUCUGCUCUGCCAUUUCUCGAUCGUGUCAAGGAACGAUUUGGCGGUUUUUUCCCUCCCGCAUUUCCUUCUUCUCAGCCUUUUGCCGCACCUUCUGCGUUUGCUCCUCCGCCUAGUACGGCCCCGCCGGCUCAUAUCCCUUUUCCUUCUUCACAGCCAUCGUCUGCGCUGAAUACGCCGCCCUCAUUUCAGUCACCGGGCACAGGUAGCUCAUCUGGAGCGGGUGUUGGUUCUGGUCCUGAUGCUGCUUCCACUCCUACGACUACCAACGGCAAUAAUAAUACCAAUGGCAAUCCCAGUGGGAAUAACAUCUUGUAUCCCAUUCUCGGCGCAAAUACGCGCAUGCUCGAAGGCAAUGGAGAAGGUGGAGACAAUUCGUCUCGCUCUCCUGACCGCGCGAGUUCUCCUUCUCGUUCAACCGGUCCUUAGUCUAGCGGUUGUCUCCCCUCUGGUUAUUUUCUUUUUCUCUUUGAAGUCAAUGUUUCCUCCCUCGUCUGUGAGCAAUUCUAGCACGGCUUACGACAAUUUUUCUUCUUUUUUUCCGAUCCAUCUCAUUUUCUCGCUCUUCUCUCAUAUCCUAAUGGACAUGGUCCAUCCAUCUCUGUUACUUUCCAUGAUCGUAGAUAUCAAAGCAGCGUGCCUUUUCUCAGCGCCUUUUCUCAGCGCCUUUUCUCAGCGCAUUUCUCAAUCUCAUGACAUUAUGACUCUCAUUCAUGGUCACCCAUGUUAUCAUGUUUUCGGAAC